CUGUAUCUCCGUGGUGACUGCAAUAUUUAUGCACUGCCAUAUGGUGAUGAUGCAUUGAAACUUUCCAGCGUAGAGUCCAGCGCCGAUGCUGUGGCGUACGUAUUCCAAGUACCAUCCAUGCAAGUCUACUGAAUCUGUUAGAGAAAAGAAGAAUGUAUAGAUGAUAAGAUCUGCAGCCACCGUGACCGUGGGAUGUGAAGUGGGAAGGGGGAUGUAAUCUUAAUGUGGACACCAUGAAACAUCCUGCAGAGAACGUUGAACACUUCGAGUACAAUCUCGGCAAAGCACCGGAACUUCGAUGUGAGUAUGGCACAGUGACCACGUCCUGCGACAAGUGUGAGAGCUGCCGGAUACGCAACCGCCUGUCCCAGACACGGCAGUGGUUCCAGCGGGCCGGCGAACAGACCAGGAGGACAUUCACACUGGGCCUGGUGCGACGUUUCCACAGCUUCAACCUCCUGCGCUAUGCGGUGAACCUCUUGCACCCGCUCAUCGGCAAAGACUUCACCUAUGCCCGCUCUCGGAUGCACCCGAGCGUCGUGGGCGAUGGGGCAAGUACCGGACAGGACAGGGCGCUCUGGACGUCAAAAACGGAGCAGACGGUGACUGAGACCUGGCAGUGGUUCCAGCAGGCUAAAUACUGGAGCAAAGCCAAUUACCUGCUUGGGGUGCUACAGAUGUGUAAUGGAGAAUUGUUGUACAGAAUUGGAACUCUGGCCAGAACGAUGCUUGCAUCGGAAGAGAGGGCCAGUCAAGGAGUUUGCGAUGAAGAUUAUGAAAAGGAAUCUCUGGCUGACACUGUCUACUCCUACAGUUCCAACACCUACCCUCAAAAUGACCUGCUGCGGACAGCUGGCCAUGAAUAUUCAUCAUCCGUCUGCUGUCCAUUUGACUCGUGUGAAUAUUUGGACUCCGCCCACAUCCUUGUGGAGGACGGAGAGGAGGACUCUGAAGCAGCCGGCACAGUCAACUCCUUCGAAAUGUCUUCCAUUGACCCCACCCUCUGCGUCAUGCCCACCUCCCGCUCCGCCCUGGGCGGGGUAUGGCACCACCGGGACUUCAUCCGAGACUUGCCCGUCCACUUGUCCAAGAGCAUCCUGAGCUAUCUGGACUACGGGGACCUGGUGAGCUGCAUGGGUGUCAGCCGCCACUGGGCACACAUCGCCAAGGAGGUGGAGGAAGACUUGAGGAUGAGACAGUUGCUAUGGGAGGAAGUGAUGUUGAUGCAGGGAUCUUCUGCUCAAGGAGGCAAUCCGGUGUUUGCCAGCUACCGCACUGUUCCCGUUCCACGAUUGAUGGGUGACGGCCUCACGGUAGCUCCUUCUGACCUCCCUGCCAUGGAGGUGGAUUUUAAGUCAGAGAUCAACAUGAGCAGCUCCUACAGCGGCAUUGUGACCGACAACGUGGAGAUGGAAGAGAGGAACGUGUACUGUGGAGCUUAUAAUGUCAUGGUGCUUUCAGAUCAGGAUGAUUUCAACCGAGUGGUCUCCUACAACUACGGCCAGCUAGUGGCCAUAGGAUCUUUUGACCGUCAUGUCAGAUUCCUGGACGUGGCAACAGGCCAUGAUACCGGGCCAGUGAUCACCGGCCAUGCUGGAUCUAUCAAAUGUCUGUACAUUAAUGAUCGCGAGGGAUAUGUUCUCAGUGGAAGCUUUGACACCAGCAUCAGGUGUUGGGAUGUGAAGACUGGCAAACCUCAAAGAAUCUUCCACGGCCAUCAGGAUACCAUCCUCUGCUUGGAUAUGUCCCACGACCGGAAAGACAGCCUCGUGGUGUCAGGCGGGAAGGAUAACGUCGUCAAAGUCUGGAAUUUUAGCACGGGUAAAUGUCUACGCACCUUCAAGCACAUACACCAGGUGACAGCGGUGGCCAUACAUGGUGAUAGGGUGGUGAGCGGAUGUGAGGGGGGACGAGUCAAACUAUGGAGUAUCAAAGAUGCUUGCCUCAUCAAAAUGCUGUACCAGUCUCCCAAGAACACCAACCGCUUUGGCUUCAUCAACCCCCAUACCCACCAGGGGCCCAUCACCAGCGUCCGGCUGGACAGGUGGCAUGUGGUGUCGGGGAGUCGGGAUGGUUACGCACUGGUCUGGAGUGCCCUCGGGGACCACAAACGAUGCGUCACUGCACUCAGGCAUCCCAAGGAGGUGCUGUGCCUUGAGAUGUCCUACUUGAGGGUCAUCACCGGCUGUGAGGAUGGCAAGCUACGGAUCUGGAACAUGCUGAGUGGGGACUGCCUGCGCGUCAUGAGAGGAAACAGCCGGUCCGACCCAAUUGAGGAUAUCUACCCGUGUGGGGAAAGAUUGGUUCUGCAUACUGUCAACAACCUGUUGGUUCUGUGCUUUGAGGAGGUUCAGUGGGACUACGAACAGGAAGAGAAGAUUGAACUUCUGCGCUACAAGAACCACUAUGGCGAUGCCCCCCUCAGGAAGCACACCUAUCCUUAUGUCCGUGCCCAGCGCAGUGAGCGGGCAGGAGCCAGCAACCCCAAGAUCAUACACCACCUGCGGGGCACGUCCAAACCAGAUACCUCGUCGCAGCUGGGGCACAGCGGCCGCACGCUGCACGACCGGAGCCUGCAGAGUGCCAAGAUGAUACAGAAGCAGUUCAAGGCGGUAGAGUUUGCCUCCAGUCUGAAGGGGAGUGUGUAUCACAACGUCCAGGGUUCACAGCCUGACGGCCCCAUCCCGCCGGGGGCAAAGUCGGGCUCGGCCACCUACGCAAGAUCCCGAGCUGGUUCCUCAAGACCACAAACAGCUACAACUCUGACCAGGCCAUCCACAGCCUCAGUGCGAUCAGCAACAGGUGCUCCUUCAAGAGCAACAACCCCUGCCUCUGUCAGCCAUUCAGAGACAGUGAGACCCAAAUCACAGCAGAACAUCAGAGCCUGCUCCCCGACAGUUCUCUCUCGCCCUCCGACCGGCAUCAUGAAAGGGAAAUCCAGACCAACGACUGCCUUCUCCACAAAAAGCGCAAUCCUAAAGCGAGCCAAAUUUGAGCUGCCAAUGCGUGGGCACAGUGCCCCUGUCAGGAGGCAGAAUGUUGGUGAUGCCUUGUCUCUGUCUGAAGCCAAAGCCUUGAUAAGAUCCCAGGAGCGCACCAGGGAUGUCCCAACACCUCGGGAUAGGCUAGUGCUGACCAUCAAUUGCAUUGAGAGCUCAAAGAAAAACACAGAGCUGGUGAAUAACACGACAGCAAACUGCUUGGAAAUUGAUUACAAACCCCGUGCAGAGAGCCCACCACCAAGCCAGUGCACGGUCAGAAGUCCUGAGAUCAGACGGCAGAAAGGAAAGUCACAAGUAGGAGCUGUUAGUUCUCCAGAAUCAACUGUGGUCGUUCAAUUUAGAACUGUUGAGUAUGACAACAAGCCCCAUAUCAGCUUGCAUCCUGAAGCGACGCUGUCUAGCAUCCCAAAGCAAACGGUGAUAUGUCAACAGCCAACGAAACCCGUCCUCACCCGACCGAGCUCAGGCCGGGUCCCUUCAACAGAAAAGCCAAAGAUCCUGAGAAGAAGCCAGAGUGCCAAUGCCAUCUUGACAUCCGAUAAGCCCAGCAUCGUUCCAUCAACCCAGACGGAGGCUGCCGUCCGUAAGAAGACCUUCCACGGCUGGACCACAUCGCACACCGAACCGAUCGUCCUCAGUCCCAUGCUGAUGCAGGGCCCAAGUGGCACGGCACCUAGCAUGCAGUCGCCGCGGAAGCAACGCCACAGUGUGACGAAGGUCGUCAUGGGACCGCCCGUGGAAGUCAAGGAUCCGCUCAAGAGCCACAAGGAGUUCCAGAUACGGACGCGGGAGCAGACAGAGGGGUAUCUGAACUGGGUGACUGAGAUCCAACAUAGGUACACCAAGGAGAAGGCGACACAGGCCGAAGCACUUCAAAAGAAGCUAUGGCUAGCAAAGGCCAAAGGUCAAACUCAUCAGGACUUGACGAAGAAACCUAGAGUUUUUGCACCAGAGAUAGGAGAAUGAAGCAAGAUGGUUUUUAUUCCCUCCUCUACAUUAGACAGCAAAAUGUAUGGUUAAAAAGACACAAGACUUUUUGUUGUUGAAUUUGUGAAUAUGCUGUUCUGGUUUCUCUUAAUCUCCUGUCAGAUCCUUCUUUGUAAGUUUGGUCUUUGUUGUGUUGAUUGAAAACAUUGAUUUUUUCACUUUGGCUGCAGUGGAAAAAGUUAGGUUCAGUGCAUCUUGAUGCACCUGUGACUGAAGCAAACACUCAAGACCCAAGUUGCACUUUGUGAAGAGCUGCUUUUCACUCCAGGACUCACAGACUGCAGUUCUUCACAGGCAGAUUUAGGUUUACAGAAAUCGAUCCCCUCUCUCCUCGUCAAUUCUGAAAACUUCAUAUAAACAUAGAUCUGAAAUGACAGCAUCAUGACUUCAACUUCACACCAAGAAAAGAAUAAACUUGUCUUUUCAGUUGGCCAUGAUGACUGUAAAUAGUCUGGUGUCUCACCUAGGGAGUAGGGAGGCUUUUUUUCAGUUUUGGCAUGGGAUUUUUCCCUGAUAAACUUACUUUCAGUUACAAAUUGCCUCCUUAACACUGUUUGAUUGGAUUUUUCACAGGCAGUGAUACUUAAGUGGUCAGCUUGUUAUAUUUGUCUUAACAGACUUUUGUUGGAAUAUUUUUAUUUUGCCGGAAUAUUCUUUGCUAUUUUUUGAUUAUCAAAGUGUUUGACUGUCUGCUCUUGCAUACCAAAGGUUUGAUUGAUGUUAUUUAAUUAACAUGCUUAAGUGUGCACAUAAAAUCAAGGUGUGUAUAUAUAUAUAUUUAUCUGCAAAGCUAAGCUGUUCUUGCCAAGUGUGAUGUGUGUGGCUAAUUAUUUCUUUUCCAAAGAGUGCUUUUGCCUAAAUUGUUGCGUAACAGUUUGUUGCUGAAUUGUUUUCAGAAGAGUGUGGUGAAUGGUAAAUGUGAAAAAAAUGGGCAUUCUUUUAUUCAAUUAUUUUCUUCAAGUAGUAAUAGAUAUUACCUUUGCGAGGUUUCUGUUGGUUUGCUUUUUAAGCAUUUGGAACAAAAAUCUAUGUUUAAGUGUUGUGAAUUGCACAUUGCAGUUUAUUCUUGCACAUACCAAAAAGACAUGUACAUUUCUAAAGGAUUAUUUUUGUGCAGACAGCUGAUUCAUAAGGGCCCAUUUUGAAGUUGCAACUUUAAAAGCUAGCUUACAGGUGAAGUAAUUUAUAAUUUCUUGCGUGGCUGUCAGUUUAUGUUGCAGUUUGUAUUCAAACCUAAAAAUAAAGAAAAUAAAACCAAGGACUCCCAAGAAAAUAAUCUUGGAAAAAAUGAUUGCAUGAAAUGUAGAAUUUGUGGAACUGUCAACAACAAUGUGAGAAUGUUUCAUACUAGGAAUAUCUAUAACUCACUGACACCACCUCUGGUGUUUUACAAAUAUUCCUUGACCACUUCAUUUUUUGGAAUCUGCCUGCUUUCCUCUGCAUUCACCACAAAUCAGAUUUUUGAGUUAAUCCACUGAAUGUAGU